GCUUGUGUGCCCGUCUCCCCGUGGCUCUCCGUGUGCUGCGCUCGGUUCGGACAUGAUGCGGAGAUGAGGCUCAGAAAUGGCACCUUCCUGACAGUCAUCGUGUUCGGAGUGUGCGGGCUCAUCUCGCUCUCCUGGUACACCGCCUUCAGCAAUUCCAAAGGUAAUGUGGUUGAUAUCUAUCAGCGGGAGUUCUUGGCUCUGAGAGAUCGCCUCCAUUCUGCCGAGCAGGAGAACCUCAAGCGCUCCAAAGAGCUCAACCUGGUGCUGGACGAGAUUAAACGAGCCAUCGCUGAGAAACAAGCUUUAAGAGACAUCAACCGUACCUGGAGCAGCCUGUCUGAUGAAACGAAGCUGAAACUCUGGAACGUCACCAGCAGUAAGAAUGUGUUACAGCUGCCCAGCAUCUUCCACCACCUGCCCCAUCUGCUGUCCAAGGAGACCAGCCUGCAGCCGGCCGUCCACGUGGGUCAGGGUCGCACCGGAGUGUCGAUAGUGAUGGGCGUGCCCAGCGUGAAGAGGGAGGUGCACUCCUACCUGACCGACACUCUCAGUUCCCUGAUGUCCGAGUUAAGUCAGACAGAAAAAGAUGACUGCGUCAUUGUGGUCUUCAUCGCUGAGACGGAUCAGCAGUACGCCAACAGUGUGGCCGAAAACCUCAAACGCCUGUUUCCAGCAGAGAUCCAGUCGGGGCUGUUGGAGAUCAUCUCUCCAUCGUUACACUUCUACCCCGACUUCUCUCACCUCAAAGAGUCAUUCGGCGACCCCAAGGAGCGAGUCCGUUGGCGGACCAAGCAGAACCUGGACUACUGCUUCCUGAUGAUGUACGCUCAGUCCAAAGGGACGUACUACGUGCAGCUAGAGGACGACAUUGUCGCUCGGCCAAAUUACUUCACCACCAUGAAGAAUUUUGCUCUCCAGCAGCCGUCGGAGGAGUGGAUGAUCCUCGAGUUCUCCCAGCUCGGCUUUAUCGGGAAGAUGUUUAAGUCUCUGGAUCUGUCUCUGAUCGUGGAGUUUAUACUGAUGUUCUAUAAGGACAAACCCAUCGACUGGCUGCUCGACCACAUCAUGUGGGUGAAGGUCUGCAAUCCAGAGAAGGACGCGAAACACUGCGACAGACAGAAGGCGAACCUGCGCAUCCGCUUCAAACCCUCGCUGUUUCAGCAUGUGGGCACACACUCAUCACUGGCUGGAAAGAUCCAGAAGCUCAAGGAUAAGGACUUCGGGAAGCAGACGGUACAUAAAGGCCACGCUAACCCGUUAGCUGAGGUCACGACCAGUCUGAAGACGUACCAGCACUUCACUCUGGAGAAGGCGUACCUGGGUGAUGAUUUCUUCUGGGCCUUCACGCCUGUAGCCGGAGACUUCAUCCGGAUCCGCUUCUUCACCCCCGUCCGCAUCGAAAGGUAUUUCUUCCGCAGUGGGAACAUCGAGCACCCUGGAGAUAAGCUCUUCAACACUACAGUGGAGGUGCUGCCGUUUGAUAACAUUCAGUCUGAAAAAGAGGCUUUAAAAGAGGAGAAGGAGAAAACGCCAAAGUACCAGCGCACAGAGGACGGCUUCAUCAGGAUAGGUCAGUUUCAGAACGGGAUCACCGAGGGCGAGGUCGAGGCCUCGUUUGGGCCGCUGGAGGCCAUGAGGCUCACUGUGCUCACAGACUCACCUGUAUGGGUCAUUCUUAGUGAGAUUUUCAUCAAGAAAGCGGACUGAAGGCUUUACUCUCUACUCUGAUGCUCUGGAUUUAGGGGUGCAAGACGGCUCAGUACCUGCUCCAAGUGAUCAAGCUAUCAAAGACCAGUCCAACAGCGCCAGCUGCUGACUGGUGAUUAAUACUGCAGGAUGGCACGGUGCCAGCAGAGGUGCCAACAAGCACUGAGGAUUAGACGAAAUGCACAAGGCAGCACCACAGCUGGAGAAGAUCUAGAUAUAUUGUCAUGUACAGACUGUAUUUAUUGUACAUACAUGCGAGCGUAAUCACACUGGUGUGUCCCGGACACGGAGCGUCACGUCCACUUUGGACAGCGGAAACUUUUUAUAACUUUUAGAAAUGCUGCUUUUUUGAACAGACUCUUUCAUUUCCUUUUCAGAAUAUAAAUAUAUAUAAACAUAUGCGACUGAUCUGUGCUUCUUCAGUGGGCAAAUGUUUUUUAGGUGCAGGUUUGCUAUUCCAGAUCGUUUGUAGUUCUUUACGAUACUGUACGUGCACAUGUCCUGAAUACACACAUAGAUCCGUGUGAGUGUUAGAAAUGUGUGUUUGUGUGUGCAGAGGUUCAGAGUCAACCAGGCGGAUUAUAGCUAGGAACUAAUAGAAGCUAUAAUAGGAAAUAAAACGUUAAAAUGUUUGUGAAAGCUGCUGUCCGAUUAAAACUAUUUAUAUUUCAUUAUACAGGGUGACACGGUGGCGCAGAGAUACAGUGGGUGCUGUGCUGCAGCGUCGGUCCUGGGAACCUGGGUCCUCUGUUCUCCUUUAUUUAUUCAUUUACACCGAUCAGCCAUAACAUUAAAACCACCUCCUUGUUUCUACACUUACCA